CGCCUCCGCCGCCGCGCUCUCCGCCCGCGCGGGCCGCCCCGCUUCGCUGUCCGCUCCUGCCGCCGCCGCCGCCGUCCGGGGCGGGGGGAGGAUUGAUGUGGAGGCCGAGAGCGGCAGCGCCGCCGCCAUGCAGCCCCCGCCGAGGAAGGUGAAAAUUACUCAAGAGCUAAAACUCAUUCAGACGGAGCAGAUGACAAAACUUCAAGCCAAGCAUCAAACAGAAUGUGACUUACUUGAAGAUAUGAGGACAUUCAGUCUCAAGAAAGCUGCGAUUGAGAGAGAAUAUGCACAGGGCAUUCAGAAAUUGGCUAGCCAGUACUUAAAGAAGGAGUGGCCUGGAAUAAAAGCAGAGGAGCGGAAUGAUUUUAGGAGCAUGUAUCCAGUGUGGAAAUCAUUUCUUGAAGGCACCGUGCAAGUGGCACAAUCCAGGCUUAAUAUCUGUGAAAAUUAUAAAAACCUAAUUUCUGAACCUGCAAGGGCGGUGAAGUGCUUUAAAGAUCAGCAGCUGAAAAAGUGUGUGGACCAGCUGACCAGGAUCCAGGCGGAAUUGCAAGAGACAGUAAAAGAUUUAGCUAAGGGCAAGAAGAAGUACUUUGAAAUGGAGCAGAUGGCUCAGGCUGUCCGUGAAAAGGCCGAUAUUGAGGCCAAGUCCAAACUUAGUCUUUUUCAGUCGAGGAUAAGCUUACAGAAAGCAAGUGUAAAGUUAAAAGCACGACGUUCCGAGUGCAAUUCUAAAGCUACUCAUGCGAGGAAUGACUACCUUCUCACGUUAGCAGCUGCAAAUGCACACCAAGAGCGCUACUAUCAGACAGACUUAGUAAACAUUAUGAAGGUUCUUGACGGGAAUGUAUAUGAUCACCUUAAGGAUUAUUUAAUGGCAUUCAGCAGGACUGAAUUAGAAAUAUGCCAAGCCGUACAAAGCACAUUCCAGUUUCUUCUGGAAACUUCCAGCCGGGUAGUGCGAGAUUACAAUUUUCAGCUGUUCUUACAAGAGAAUUCUGUAUUUCAUAGACCACAGUCCUUCCAGUUCCAGCCCUGUGACAGCGACACAAGCCGACAACUGGAAUCGGAGACUGGGACGACAGAAGAGCACAGUCUGAACAAGGAGGCCCGAAAAUGGGCCACGCGUGUUGCGCGGGAGCACAAAAACAUCAUUCACAGUCAGCGGACUCUUGAGGAAUUGGAGUGCCACGGGCCUGUGGUGUCUGAGCAGAGCCGAGCAGAACUGGAGCAAAAGAUGGAUGAAGCCCGGGAGAACAUCCGCCAAGCUGAGAUAAUAAAGCUGAAAGCCGAAGCUCGACUGGACCUCUUGAAACAGAUCGGGGUUUCAGUGGAUACGUGGCUGAAAAGCGCCAUGAACCAGGUGAUGGAGGAGCUGGAGAAUGAGCGCUGGGCAGGGCUGACUACGGCGGCCAGUAAUGGCUCUUCGCAUCUGGUGCAGCUAAAUGUUGAUGUGGAACGGGAGGAAGGGGAAGAGCUGGAAGACGGCAUGGACGCUUUUGACGACAGCAGUUCCAGUCCUUCUGGAACACUCAGAAAUUACCCGUUGACCUGCAAAGUUGUUUAUUCCUACAAGGCUUCCCAGCCCGACGAGUUAACUAUUGAAGAACACGAGGUUCUGGAAGUGAUUGAAGACGGAGAUAUGGAAGACUGGGUAAAGGCACGGAACAAGUCGGGCCACGUGGGCUACGUGCCGGAAAAGUACCUUCAGUUUCCAACGUCCAACAGCCUCUUGAGCAUGUUGCAGUCGCUGGCGGCCCUGGACAGCCGGUCCCACACUUCCAGCAACUCAGCCGAAGCCGAGCUGGUCUCAGGGAGCCUCAACGGAGACUCCAGUGUUUGUUUUGUGAAAGCACUUUAUGACUACGAGGGCCAGACGGACGACGAGCUGUCCUUCCCCGAGGGAGCGAUAAUCCGUAUCUUGAACAAAGAGAACCAGGAUGACGACGGCUUCUGGGAAGGGGAGUUCAACGGGCGCGUCGGCGUUUUCCCUUCCGUGCUGGUGGAAGAACUAACAGCCUCCGAAAACGGAGAGGCUCCGUGCGUCGCCGACGUGCAGGCCUCUCCUUCUCCAAAGCCCCAGAAUUCCCUGGCACCGCUGCCGCUGUACGAACAGCCUCCAGCCAGCCCCUUCCACAGCCCUGACAAAAGAAGUUCCCAGUACUUCCCGAGGUCUCCGUCAACCAACGAAAACAGCUUAACUUCACACUCCCCUGGCUUCUCGCAGCCCCCGCGACCUCUUCCGGAAAGCACCUCCUACGGCAAAUUGAGACCUGUGCGAGCUGCCCCUCCUCCCCCAACACAACAGCAGCGUGGACCAACGGAGAAGAUCGAGGACGUGGAAAUCACCCUGGUGUGACCGACGGGAUGAAUUGCGUAAUUGUGCUACAAUCAAGGCCGAAUGUGGGCCACGUUUGGCCGGCUCUCCUCUUGGGCACCUUUGCAUGAUGGAAGAGACUUCUAAACAAUCGAGGAAAACUGGAGGCUUUUCCAGGGACGUUGACGUGGUGGUGGACUUCCCACGGUCAUGAAUAUUUUGUGCCUUUUUAUUUGUUGCUGUUGUUUGGUUUCACUUUAUAUAUCCACCAUCCUUCCUCCUCUAGCACAAAGCGAGCAAAGGCCUGCCUCUGCGACUGAAAGCUGACCCGUCUGGUUUCCAGGGGAGGCUUCCAGGAGCUCCCUCUUCCUUGCCACUGAAGGCCCGUCUACGGCUUCCCUGCAGAAAUAAUCCUGCAUGAUGGCGUAUCCCGCGCGUUUCUGCAACAUGUGGCACAGUAAACCUGGUCUACCUUCUCCUCGCGCGGAGGCAGGCCGUGCCACGUGGUGAAGAGGAGGGGUGUGCAUACCGGUGCCGCAGGAUGCGGCGAUACGGGCCCGUUCAUGAUAGGAAUCGAUUUCUGCAUGGGGAGUGUAACAUGUAGACCAGCCUGAAGUCAAGCAUACAUAUACCAUGUGCAUUAGUACAGUAUAUUACUGUUGCCAUAGGAAUGUGUUAAAAUUAUUUUUCCUAUUCAAGUAGCGUUACUUACCUGAUUAGGUUAUUAAUCAGAAUGUAUGGAAUAGAGAAGGGAACGCACAGUUGUAAGCUUAAGGAGAGGCUGGUUCCUCUCUCUCUCUCUCUCUUUCUUUCCUCAUCCUCUCCUCCUCCUCCUCCAAAAAAAGAUGAAAAAAGUUCUACGAUGGAGGAAAAGCACUGCAGAUCAUAGGAGGUGGGAUUUUUCAGAGUGCGCCUCUUCUGUAAUUAACAGUAAACCGGAACACAGUGUUCCUUUUCUAUUGAUAUUUAUGCGGUGCGUUUAGUAAUAGAGUAUCUACUACAGAAGUGCUGACUUAAGUAGCGACAACAUGUUUUUCUUAGGAUAAAACUGAAUAAGCAGGAUUUUCAUUGUAGAGCUGGAAAUAGCUGUUCAUUUCCUUUUUAAGUGGUUUUUUCUUUUCCUUUUGCACUUGGAUCGCAUCUUAUCCCAGUUAUUGCUGUAUAGUUUACUUUCUGACAUUAGCAGUAUAUCCUGGAGCAUCCGGCUAGAGUUAAGGAGUUAAUGUUUAGAAUAUUGAAGUGUGAUGUCCAGCUUUAGCGUCAGAUAGGCCUAGCUUAGAUCUCCACACGAGGCCCGAUGGCCAGCUCAGACCCAAGGAACCAAGGCUAGAAAAGGGCAGCGGGUCCGUCUACACGCACAUCUCGCGCGAUCAGAGCGCCCUGACGGCACCGUUGCUGCCCGUCAUGUACAUACUUGUGUCGUUGGUCCGAUAUCAUCCCUGCCUGAACAGACUUUCCAGGACCUUUUCAAAAGCCGUACGAAUGGCACAGCACCCGGUUUCCUAGAGGGGAUAGCGGGUUGGGUUAGGUUAGGUUAGGUUAGGAGAAGCCAGCAUUCACCCCAUCCGCCGCUGUGGCCCCGUCUUACCGCUCCCAGCAUGUGGGUGGGCUUUGGGGUGCCGCCUCCAGGCUGGGACCCCCGCGGUCCCUGCAGCUCCAUCCAUCCGCCUUCUGGACGGAGAGCCGAAGGCAUCGGCCUCUGCGUGGCAAUGGAGAGAGCCAGUUUCCCUGAGCUGGGCAGCCUCCGGUGGCUCCGCAGAGAGGCAAAGUCGGUUGCCGGUGGAACCUGAGUAAAAGCGAAGUGGGAGCAGGGGAAGAACUCUGCUUCAGAUUACGUGGUCUCCAGGCGGCCGCCCCCACACUGGGAGAGGAAAGGGGCAAACAUUUAAACCAAAUUCCGUCCUAGGUCAUUUCUAGCCAAAGAGCUGGAAAAUAGAAAACCGCCUACGAAGUGUCUUUAGAGCUGUAACAUAAGUACUAUUAAAGGAGCUCUUGUGUGUUCAUUUUUUCCUAAGCAAGUACAAACAGAGUAACCAUUUCUGCAUUUAGUUUCCUAACGGGAUACAUCUUCCCUUUUCAUGCUGUGGCUGCAUUUUGUGAAAUCAUUUGACAAGACUUUCAUCUUAAAACUUUGCACAAAUAAUCUUGGCUGGGACUCUUGAAAUAAGACUGUUUUGCCAAUUUUUCGUUCAUUUAGUUGGCCUAAGCAAGAGAAGCGCUGUGUGAAGGAUAAGAACAUUAUCUGCAGCGGUUGCCAAAUUUCUGGCAGUUUCCUGUGAUGAUUUCCUGUGUCUUGGGGGGAGGGUCACACCUUCUGUCCUGUUGAUCUGUUUGAGGUCUUUUUUUAGUGUUUAUCAAACUUAUUCUUAAGUUUUUUUAAAAACAAUUUUUAAGAGGAACUGUACUGCAAACAUUUUAAAAUGCUUCAUGAAAAAGUGUUGCCAAUCAUAUUCGCAUUCUGUUCAGUCGGCCAGUUUUUCUGCGUCUUUUUUGUUGUUGGUGUUACCCAGACUCUCAAAAUUCAGAAAGUGUUAUUUAAAAAAAAAGUCUCCUUAGUUAUAUUUUAAAAAUAUUUUCUGUAAGAGCUGCUAAUUUUUAUUUGAAAAAAGUUGUAAAAAUGCGCCUCCUUUUUAAACUUCAUACAGGGCAUGCAAUAGAACAUAUCACCAUGUACAGCCGUCAAUACACUGAAAGCAGGACGUUGGAUGCUUUCGUCAUAUUGGCUGUAAAACUUUGUAUUUAUUAUGUAUAAAAUGUUGAAUAAUAAAAAGUGGCUUUAAAUCA